AAAGAGUAAUUUCAAAUACAAAAGAGACCUUUGUACCAAACCAGUGUGGAUAACAAAACAAUACACAAUAAAAGAUGAUAGAAAGAAAAAGAUAGGAAAGAAAGAGAAAGAAAGCAAAUGGCAACCUCUCUUCACUCUUCAUCUUCAUGCUUAGCCAUGGCCCUUCCUUCCAAGUUCACUUCCCUUUCCCUCAAUCCUUCCAAUUCAACCUCCCUCAGUUUCUCCUCUUCAAUUUCCCACCAUUACUUCUCCAAAGGGUGCUUGUCCAUGAGCUCAAUUCAAUACCCCCCAAUGAUUAUUCGUCGUUCGAUUGUUUGUGAGGCCACUCCAACUAAAAAAGCUGAUUCUGCUGCGAAGAGAGUUCGUCAAUCGGAGAAAAGGAGAGUUUAUAACAAAGCUCGUAAAUCUGAAAUCAGAACUCGAAUGAAGAAGGUUUUGGAAGCUUUAGAAACACUAAAGAAGAAGCCAGAUGCUCAGGCCGAAGAAGUUAUUACGGUCGAGAAGCUCAUCGCAGAUGCAUAUUCCGUCAUUGACAAAGCAGUCAAGGUGGGAACAUUGCACAGAAACACCGGAGCUCGCAGAAAGUCCCGAUUAGCGAGGAGAAAGAAGGCUGUAGAGAUUCACCAUGGUUGGUACACUCCUGCUUCUGAAACAACUGUCUAGAAACAGAAACCAGAUGGGAGAGAUUAUUGUUUAUGUUUAAUUAAUAUACAUUAUGAUCCUUUUUGUGUAUUGUGCACAUAGUUUGCAUCCCCAUCUUCUCUUCUCACUUGGAAUUUAGUUUCUUGUCUUUGAGGCAAAUUUUGGUGAUUUUAAUAUCAGCAAUUUGAAUCUA